AUGGACCUGACUAAACUGUGCGUCUGGGUCUGGUCCCCAGGGGGAAGACAAGGGGCCUUCUAUCUCAGAAGUGUCACAGGCUGCAUCCUCACCAUGAAUUCCUACCACAAAUGGGAAGAAGACCAGAAUUAUCCUGCUUCGGACAAGUCCCAGCAAGCUGGGAGCUCACAGGGCACAGGCUGGUGGAGGAAACUGCUUCCCAGAGAUCUGCCCUCGAAAUCUGUCUUCUUGAUGCUAGCUGUGAUUCUAUUGCUGUGGGUUCUCCUCAUUGUGGUGCUGGUCAAGGGCUCAAAGACUUCCCAGGAGCUGAAUCAGCUGAAAAAUGAAGUGAGAACUAAUGCUUCUAUCCAGACAAAGGAUGUGGGGCAACUAAGAGAGGACAUCGCUGCUGCCCGGAAAAAUGGCUCUGCCUUGUGGACUGACUUGGGGAACUGGGAGAAUAAAGUGAGUGAGUCCCAUGCCAGGCUGCUGAAACUAGAAAGCAAGCACAAUGAGUUCAGCACCCAGAUGACUCAGGCCCUGGCAGAGGCCGGGAAGGACCGACAGGACAUUCGCAGCGAGAUGUUCCGGGCUGUGGCUGCUGUGAAAACUGAGAACAGCUCCUGCUCCCCAUGCCCUGAUUCCUGGCUGGCUUUUGAGGGUUCUUGCUACUUCUUCUCCACCACAAAAUAUCACUGGGACAAGUCACAACAGAACUGUGCCAAGAUGCAAUCACACCUGGUUAUUGUUAACAACCUUGAGGAACAGACCUUCCUGACCCAGAACACCAAAGGCUUGGGUUACUGGAUUGGACUCACAGCAACUCGUGCCAGAGGAAGGGUCAAUGGGUACACGUGGAUUGAUGGGACCAAACUCACUUUCAGCUACUGGAAUGAAGGGGAGCCCAAUGAUUCAAGAAGAAAUGAGAACUGUGUCAUGAUGCUUUACUCGGGUCGAUGGAAUGAUGCACCUUGUAACAACCUCAAUGACAACUGGAUCUGUGAGAAGAGGCAGCAGUGCUGAGCUGAAACCUACUGUCCAGGCUUGGUCUGGCCCAGAGAAGGGACAAUAAAAGAUUUUCUCUUCUUCCUCCCAAGAAUGGAUUGUCUAAGGAUCCCUGUCUUCUCUUCAAACUGGGAACUCCCUAAUGGUUGUUUUCCACUUCAAAUUGCCUGAAGGACAGGCCUCAAUCUCUCUCUCUCUCUCCCUCCCUCUCUCUCUCACUCUCUCCCUCCCUCUCUCUCUCUCUCUCUCUCUUUCUCUCUCUCUCUCUCUCUCUCUCUCUCUCUCUCUCUCUCUCUCUCUCAGAUUUUGAUAGGCAGGAAUGAUGGUCACAUAUAAUAAGACAAAAUUUAACAAUGUGUUUUUAAAAUUAAUUAAAAUUAGGUUUUAUAAAUUAAUUACUAUCGCACCAGUUUGGGCAGUAAGCAUCUAUUAUUUAU